GGUUGUUGAAGACUACUAUAAAGUUUAGUAUAGCGGUGAAACUGAGUGUAUCCUCGUGAUUUGGGAAGGGAACAUGGCAGAUUCAAGUGGAGACUUUAACCGUACGAAUCUAAUGUUGCCAGUACAUGCAACGAGGACAGAGAGGGAAAGAAGGGAGAUGCAGCGCAUCUUAGCUACUUGCGCGAUCGAGAAACGGACUAGGAACGGUGACAGCUUCGUUGGUAUUGGAAGCCUCGUGGAGGGGUUCUUUAAGAAUUGUGAUCAAAAAGUACAUUCGAUCACAAGCGAAAAGGUUUUUCCAUCCCGUGAUUUAAGUUGCUUCUUUUUAUGGUUCAAGAAGCUAAAUGGCAGAAACGAAAAAAGGAAGGGGGCUACUUAGUAUAUGCAAGGAACCGGUCCACAGAUUCCAUGGCCUCGCAUUUGUACCUGUUGACUGAACUAAAUUUAACUUUUUUCGAAAACGUUAUUCCGGUAUACUGACUCACCGUCCAUUUACCAUAUGCGCUGAAGGAAAGGAAGGUUUAAGAAAUUCUAAAUUAUACUGUCACGUUGUUGAGGAAUCCGGAAAUCAAUGGGCCAUAAGACCAUACCAGCUGAUUGGGAUCGCAGACGAAGAAGCAUAUCACGUUGACCCUAAUUCCAUGAAGAUAGAAGGUGCUAGCAUCUACAGCCAUAAUCGAAGAGGCCUUGGAGCUCCAGUUGUCAUCACAGGCAAAGACGGCAAGACCAAAGCUGUGGUUGCCAUUACUCUUGGCGACAACGAGCAGAUUUCUUUGGUACUGUUUUCACAGAUUGAUAGGUCACGGUUACCUUCAGAUGAAAGAGAGGCAGAAGGGGGAGAACAUCAGUCAUUGGGGAAAGAAGGAGGAGAGCAGCCACCAGGGGAAUCAGUUAGAUCAAGUCACAGAGAGGAAGCAAGAAAAGAAGGUACUCAAAAGCACUUAGCAGAUCAGUACACAUCUGUUCAAGGUACUUUGCAGACAGCACAAGCUGAUAAUGAGCAUGAAAAUGAACUAAAUAUGAGUGAAGAUCUCUCUAAUCCAGAUCUGGGAUAUGACUCUAGUGAGGAGGAUAGUUCUGAUGACAGAAACCAGUUGGAAGGUUAAUAUUAUCUCAUUUUUGAUUUUGAUAGCUAGGGCUUGAUCUAAACAGGUCUGUUAGUUGCUCCUUUUGCAUAUGAUUAAAAGCAGAAUUUUUGAGUAGAUACCAUUAAUAUCAAACUCAGAUAUGGAAACAAUAGGCCCAAGGUUGAUUACUUCAACAAAGUCUAGCCAUUGUUUAACAAAGCUACAUCCUAAAAAAUCCUCAAUUUAGGUGAACCUUACCGUGAAGUCUUACUGAUUGCAUAAGACUGUGGUUUGGGUUAGACUUUGUGUAAAUGACUGGCCCAGUUUCUCUAUAUACCUUUUCAUACUGUGGUUAUUCUGUCAAAGUCAGGAAACCAUGAAUACCUGAAAUGUAUCUAGAAUGGUUAUUCAUAAUAUUGUAUUUCAACCAAUUACAGGGGGAAAUAGGGACAUGGAAGCAAAGAACAAAACCACAAACUAGUUGGCCUUACUGUGUACAGUUCAAAAAUCCUUAUGCCUCCUUGGAUUGUAUAU